AUGCCCAAUGCAUUACCAGCGGAUCACCACAAAGGCUAUCGCCACCCUUUUCUAUUUGGGAUCCAUUAUUUGGGUGGUGUAGGAGAUAACCCAAGAACUCUGUCCGAGUUGGCCAUGUCGCAAUUCUCGGCCGAACUUCGACGAAAGCCAGAGUGGUGGAAAUCCUUUCAAAACCAAGAUGCGAGAUCUUCCUGGGCUAAGGAGGCACGUAAAAGUCUAUGGAACGUAAGAACGCCAUCUUCAAGUGCUGAAGUUCAGCUUUCGGAGAAACAGAUCGAUUACGUUCUAGACGAGUUGGCCGGAUACAAAUCCUUACUGGAUGAAGCGAAUGGCUGCCAAGUUUCCUGCUUCGAGCGCAUAUGGGAGUCUGAUUCGCUUCUUGAAUCAGCCACCAUUGCCCAGCUUCAAGAGAAGUUGGGUGAACUUCAGAAGGACAGCCUCCACCUUACGAGGAGGAACGAGGAUGGCGUGACAAUUUCUGUCAUCGAACCGAUGCUCUACUCCCUGGUGUACAACCAAACUCUUGUGUCCAACUCUUCACACCGCCCACCGCGUUCCUUGUCCCCGCCUCCUUCAACAGAUAUUUAUACUGUCUGCUCUCAAUUCGCAUAUCUUCCGGCCGAUGUAUGGAUACCUGCAGAUGGCUCACCCGUCAAGUUUUCCUCCUACAUAAAUAACCUACACCCUGAGAACUCAUUCCUGUAUAACCUACUCGAAACCUGCCUCUCAGGUUUCAUACCACUCUUCGAACACACCCUGACAGACUUGCACCGAAACAACCCACUCACGCAAAGAAUACUUGGACCUUGUACAUACACCAUUUGGGACGAACCCGAGUGCCCAGAAUUUUCCGAUGAUGAAGAUGGUUGGUUGAACUAUGAAAGGGAGGUACGGGAGUGGGUUAUGAAUCGACCGCUGCAGCUACCGGACGUUCCUAAUGCCGGUUAUCUUGGUGGGCUCGAACACCGGAAACACAUCGUCACUUUGAAGGGAAGAAAUGUCCAGGUUGUGCUCCGCGUCUCCAAAGUCCACUUGACCCCUCAAGGACCUAGCUUCCCGGGCUCAGAGUGGCAUGCAGAAGGCAUGCGAAGUGAACGUAUUGUAGCCUGUGGAAUUCACGUCUUAUCUUCCGAAAACUUGACAUCAAGUUCACUCCAAUUUCGUAUGGCCGUUACCUACCCUCGUGGCUUCUUCGCUGGCGACACAGGCGCCACGUUAAGAACAUGGGGGCUCACCGAUGGUGAUUCUUGUCACCAAUACAUUGGCUCCGUUCCAGUUCGUCCAGGUCUCAGCCUUGUUUUCCCGAAUAUCUACCAACACCGUCACACUCCAUUCGAAAUCCUUGACUCGACGAAGGAGGGCGAAAUGACGCUAAUUCACUUCUUGCUCGUCGAUCCGGAUAUAAAGCCCAUUGUGUCCACCUCAUCGGUUGGUCCUCAACAAAAGACAUGGAUUCGGAAAGCCCUCAACGAAAGUCUCGAUCCACGACUGCCAAUAGAGGUUUUGGACAAUAUCAUGGAGCAUACUGAGGGAUUGAUGACAGACGAAGAAGCUGGAGUUUAUAGGCAAGAAAUGAUCAAGAGUCGGGCAAGAUUCACCCAAUGUAGCAACAAUUAUCAUUUCUGCAUCCCGUUUGAUAUCUGGAAUGGACCCGAUUUCGCCCACUGA